GCGUGGGGCUGGCAAUGGGGGGCUGCCGCUCGUAGGACCAGGGAGCCCGUCCCCACGGGGCGCGAGACCGGGAAACGCCCCUCCUCGCCCCCAACCCGGCCCGCCGGACACUCGUGGGGCUCUGGGGGAAAGCCCCCAGUGGGCGCGUGGGGCUGGGAAACCCCCCUCUUCCCUCUGCCCCCCGUGACAGGACACGCGUGGGGUCCCGGCACGGGUGGGGCCAGGGAUCCCCCCAGGGUGUGUGGCACCCCUUUCUCCCCAUGCGUCCCUGUUCAGGUCCAAGGGACACUCGUGGGGCUAGGACCCCCUCUCUCCCCCCACCAGCAUGGGGCACAUGGAGCCAGGGAUCCCCCCACACCCACACCCACACCCCAUCCAGCUGUGGGGGGGGAUCCUUCUUCCGACCCUGCUCCCCCUCCCCCUCCCCGUGGGAACGGGACCGGUGGCGCGUGGGGGGCGGUGCCUGGAGCUGGGAAGGGACCUAGGUGUCCUGGCAUGGGGCCCGGAGGACCCAGGUAUCCUGCCCCCCCUCUUUGUCCUGGGUUGGGGGUUGGGGUCCCCUCCUGCCCUGUGUCCCACAUGGGCUUGGGGCGGGGGGUAGGGAGCUCUGCAGUGGGACAUUGCCCCCAUGCGUGACCUAUUUACCCCCUCCCCACACAGGAUACCUGCAGGCAUGCCGGGCCCUGAUGAUCGCGGCGCUGGUGCUGGGCUUCUUGGGGCUGGCAGCCGGCGCCGUGGGACUGCCCUGCACACGUGUGGCUGAGGGCAGCCCUGGCUUCAAGGCCCGGAUGGCAGUGGCUGCCGGGGCCCUGCUGCUGCUGGCUGGGCUGUGCGGCAUGGUGGCACUGUCAUGGUAUGCUUUCAACAUCACACGGGACUUCUUCGACCCGCUCUACCCCGGCACAAAGUAUGAAAUCGGGCCAGCGCUGUACCUGGGCUGGAGUGGGGCCCUGCUGGCAAUGGUAGGGGGUGGCUGCCUGCUGGGCUCCUGCCGGGCUGCCCAUGGCCCCCAGGACAAGAGCUACAGCUACAGCUACCAUCAUGGUGCCCCUGCACCUGCAACAGGUGCUUCUGCUGCCAGCAGCAUGGGGCGAUACGGCAAGAACGCCUACGUCUGAUGGGGAGGCAUGUGGGGGCCCGUCUGCGCCCACGGGCUGCCCCUGCCAUGGCCCUGAUCCUUGCAGAAGCUGGAGGGGUGGGUGGGAAGGGGCAUCAUGCCUGGGGGAGCUGGCACACACCUGUGAGGACGUGUGCCUGGAUGUAUGAGUGCGCGUGUGUGUGUGCAUGGACAUGUGUAUAUAUAUGUGCCAGCAUGAAUGCAUGUGCAUGCUUGUGCACACACGUGAGGGCAUGUGACUGCAUGCUUGCAUGUACAUGUGAGUAUAUGCAAGCGUAUGUGCUAGUGUGAAUGCAUCUGAAUGCAUGCUUGUGUGCACGUGUGCAAGGGCAUGUGACUGCAUGCUUGUAUGCAUGUGUAGACGUGUAUGUGUGCUGGUGUGAAUGCAUGCAAGUACAUGCUUGCGUGCACACGUGCGAGGGCAUGUGACUGCAUGCUUGCUGUGCACCAGUAUGUACACAGGCACACGUGUGUGUGCUGGUGUGAAUGCGUACAAGUGCAUGCUUGUGUGCACAUGCAAGGGCCUGCAUGUAUGGGUGUAUGCCUGUGGGUAUACCCGAGUGCAUGUGCGUGCACACAUGCCUGUGCAGGAGUGCAUGCAUGGUUGUGUACACACAAGUGAAUGGGUGAGCACGCAAGUACCCACAUUGCUAGUGCAUGCAUGUGCAAGCACAUGGGCACCUGCAUAUGGCUACAUGUGCACAUACCUGUGAGUGCCUGUAUGUGGCUUUGGGGCUGUGUGCCAAUGCCUGUGUGUUCUCAUGCCCCGCAGCCUGCCCCCUGCCCCAGGGGUGCUCUGUGGAGCAGAGUGUGUAGGCGGGUGGUCUCUGCAUCUCCCCUCCCUCCAGCAGGUGACACGAACCUGACCCUGGAAGGGGGGGCUUGUGCCAGGUGCCACUGGCCUGGAGUUUUGUACAAAAUAAAAGUUUUAUUUUAGUGGA